UUGUAUUUGUAUACGCGCUGGUAGUGUAUGUUUUGCUUGUUGUUAUAUUUGAAUGGAUUUGUAGCCAUGUCAAGUGAUAAUAUAAUCGGACCUGCUUUACCACCGGGGUUACGAGCCGGCAGGAACGAUGAAUCAGAUGAAGACGACACGAUCAUAGGUCCAGCUCUUCCCCCUCUGUAUAAACGCACAGAGUCCUCAAGCUCAUCUAGUGAUCAGGAACAAGUCGUGUUUAAGAGAGCCAAAUACUCAGGAUACAAAGGAGAAGCAGCUGGGAAGUGUGAUGAUGAUGAUGAUGAUGAUGAUGAUGAUGAUGAUGGAUUCUUUGGUCCAGCUCUGCCUCCAGGAUACCAAAUGCAAGGCAGUUCACCUGAAAGGCUGCCUGUGCUCGGACCCGCGCUGCCUCCAGGCUUUAAAAGGAAGCAGGAUGAUGAUGAUGAUGAUGAUGAGGAUGAGGAAGAGAGUGAAGAAAGAGGGAUUCUAGGACCGGCACUUCCUCCUGGAUACAAAGCAGAGUCUUCCAGCAGUGAGGGAGAGGACGGGGAAGUGAUUGGGCCCAUGCCGUCCAAAGGGGAAGUUCAGAGUUCCGUGGCACUGGACUUUGAAAGAAGAGCGAAAAGGAUGAAGGACCGAUUACUGGGGCGCGAGGAUGAGCCCGAGAAGCCUCAGAGGGAGAGCUGGAUGAUGGAGCUGCCUCCUGAGCUGCAGCAUGUCGGACUAGAAGCACGAUCCUUUAAGAAGAGAUCAGGACCCGAGAAUAAAGACCGCUCCAUCUGGACAGACACCCCCGCCGACCGAGAGCGCAAAGCCAGGGAGCGACAGGAAGCGAAAGAGAGAGGAGAGACGUCCAAAGACGACGGCCCUCGUCUCUCUAAGAAAGAUCUGGAAAUGGCGGAAAAAGUGUCCAAGUAUAACGAUUCCAAGAGAGGGGAGUCGCUCAUGACCAUACACGCCAAGAAAAUGAAGAGGAAAGCUGAGGAGGACUCGAACAAGCCGGUUGAGAGGAGGCCCUUCGACCGAGACGCCGACCUGCAGGUGAACCGAUUCGACGAGGCGCAAAAGAAAGCUCUGCUGAAAAAGAGUCAAGAGCUCAACACACGCUUCUCACACAGCAAGGAUCGAAUGUUCCUCUGAGGAACUUGUUACACCCCAAGUGAUGUUGUUAAAAAAAAAAUCAUGGACUCCAUUAAAGGUGCGGUUUGUAAAAGUCUAAAGUUAUCUUGUUUAUCAUAUAAUAUGAUCAAAUUCAUCAGAACAGUUAGGAAAUACAAAACAGAAUACUACACAUUGCCAAGCGAUGAUUCAUGCUGGAUUUCUGGCCCUGAAAAUUAGCUCUGCCCCAAACAAAUCCAUGUUUUAACAGAAUAUAGGGUUGAAAAAUGCAGCAGCAUUCUGGAACCUGAGCAUCGGGCUACAGCACUGAUUAGUAGUUUCAACAAUUCAACCAAAAAUGAUGACAACUGGAAACAUCUCCGACAAGACAAACUUCCAGUUCUAUUAGUAUGAUAUUGUACAGGAUUGUGUUUAGUCUGUAGUUUGUGUUUGGGAUUUUUUUUACCACAAGAGGAUGUGACAUCAAAUAUAAAUCUGUUUUUCCUGUGCUGUAUUUUCAUGCUUUUAUUAAGAUUGAGAUUAAAAAAAUGAGAUUUUUUUUGUUUCCUUUAAUUUUAUCAUUAUCCAUACAUUUAAUUUUCUGAGGCUUAUCUUACACACCGUUACAUUUAACCUGGAGUUUUGUCCCAAUGAAAACCCAUUGAAAGCAAUAUCAUGUCUGGUCACA